GCAUUCAACCACAGUCACUAUUUCAGCAUCCUUCUUUUGCUUUGGUUUUCUAGGUUUCUCUCUGUGUCAAUGGCGGGAAAAGGAGGGAAGGGGCUCGUGGCUGGGAAAACCACCGCUGCCAACAAGGACAAAGACAAGGAUAAGAAAAGGCCUGUCUCUCGUUCAUCCCGUGCUGGGAUCCAGUUUCCAGUGGGGCGUAUCCACAGGCAGUUGAAGCAAAGGGUGCAAGCCAAUGGACGUGUGGGGGCAACUGCUGCAGUAUACUUAGCAUCAAUUCUGGAAUAUCUGACUGCUGAGGUUCUGGAGUUGGCUGGGAAUGCAAGCAAGGAUCUGAAGGUGAAGAGGAUCACACCCAGACACUUGCAGCUGGCUAUCAGGGGAGACGAGGAACUUGACACCCUCAUCAAAGGGACCAUUGCUGGUGGUGGUGUCAUCCCUCACAUCCACAAGUCCUUGAUCAACAAGGCUGCCAAAGAAUGAGACUCAAUUUCCUCUUUACUUUUCCUUUAAUCUGUCUCUUUAUUUACCAUCAGGUUGUGUGUUAGUUAGGUACUAGAUUUUAUUCUCUGUUUCUUAAGAACAAGAUGUUAAUGUUAGAGUGUAAAUGAUCAUUCUAUCUGUCUUUAACUUGGUUGAUGUACUACUCCUGGAAUUGUAAUGCUGUUGGAUUUAAUGAGUUCUUUGUUUUAGCUUUA